AUGUCCCGAGACGAUUCAACGUUGAGUCAGAUCCAUCAGCUCCUUUUGGAUCAGAGGAAACUUGCGAAAAAUUGCAGCACGGCUACUUUUACGACUUUGACAGAGGCGCGUGUGCGGAGUGGGACCGAUCCUUCACGCAGCGCUCAAGUCGGAACCAAAAGGUUGCCCUCUGCAACCACCGGCUCUUCGGCGGCAUUGGAUAUAAUUCAGGACACAAUUUCAAUGAUGACGGAGCUCGACAUCCCUCGGAGCAAGGAGCUGUACGACCUCUACCUCAGGACCGCCGUGCAGGAACACAGGUGGUUCAGAGGAGUCGCCGUCUGGGAUGCUGUCAGGUCGGCCAAGGAGCGUCCUCAUCUUCCGCCUCCCGGUAUUGCUUUCCGUGCACAGGUCGUUCAGUGUCAUUUGCAACUGGGCAACGCUGCUGCGGCAUCCAAUCUGCUUCAGUCGGUGUUUGACCAGACUUCCUGGGCGGAUGUCAGCUCUUUGACAGCGUCGUAUGACGGACGGUCACUUCAGGCAGGAGUUGGCGGCCAGGGAGAGGCGGAUGGUGAGCAACAACUGGUCACGGCGGAGAGCCGAGCGGAGCACAUUAGGCGGCGGCAGUCUCAGGCCCAGCGAGCCAUCCAGACACUCCAGAAGACCAACAUCCUAGUCGCUAACCCAGAGUCGGCAUCAAGGACAUUGGACGUUCAGGCACAGCAGGUUGGGACACAUAGCUGGAAGGCGGAGGUGUACCCACCCUUGAUCGAGGCCAUCUGUCUUGGCGAGAAGGACCAAUCUGGCGCGUCUUUAGCGGUUGACCUGGCGAUGGAAUUGCUUCAGCAGGGACAUUUACUGGACAGGAUACGGUUCGCUCUUCUUGUUCAGCACGUUGGAGCCACCACAUCCUCUGAGCAGGCGGAGAGUUUCAUGAAGGUCUGGGUGGACAGGGUGAAAGCGAUGCCCUUAUCGCUGCUGUCUCCGGGCGCCAACAAGGAAGUCCUCGACUCGGAUACAGGAUCUGGUGCCACCACUUCCUCUUCCAGCACUACCUCAGCCUCGAAGGAUGCACUGCGGAAGCAUAAGCGUACUGCAGUGUCGACCGCAAAGUCGUUUGCCGAGGUCGGCCUCCAAGAGAUUGUCGGACAGGCAACAUCCACACAGGACUAUACCCGGGCAUUCAGCAUGUUUCAGGAGAUGUCCGACCAAGGGUUCCCACUUUAUCCCGACACAUCCGACAAGCUGAUGAUGGGGCUAGCCAAGUCGGGCGACCUUCAAUCGGCAACGACGGUGCUAGAGAUGGCUCUGCAUCACAAGCGUGUGCCGUCGAUUGAGGCUGUGAACACGUUACUUCAGGGACUCAUUCGAAACGAUUGGUUGGAUGAGUCGGUGUCGAUCUUCCGUGACUUGACAGAGAACCACGGAGUCCGACCCAGCAAGGAGAGUUACCGUCAUUUGCUUCACCUCACCUCGAGUUAUGGCCAGCUGGCGAUGACACAGAGACUGCUGUCGACACUCAAGGCGAUGGGAGUUGAACGGGAUGGGGCGAUCUACCGUGACCUGAUGAGGUGCUAUAUCCGCUCCGACAACCUCACGGGGGCGAUCAAGGUCUUUGAGAACAUGGACAUGACCGAUAUCUCUUCGACGAUCAAACAUAUUAAUGUCCUACUAGAAGGAGCGAUCCGACAGGCGACACCGAGUACAGUGAUCAGGAUCCUGGAGAUUAUGUCCACACAAGAGAUCCGACCCGACGCUGAGACAUGGAACAUUCUGUUGGGAGGCGCCUUCCGGGCCAAUGACAAGGAAUUGGCAUUGGGGUUGUUUCAGGAGCUGUCACAGUCGUUGGUCGAGCGGUCGUACACCAAGGCCGAUGCUACCUUCCGUGCGGCGAGACAUCCGGUGACGUUCAACUUGUUGGUGAAUGAGUACGCGGAUCGGUUUGGGAUUGAGAGGGCGUUGACUUUAUUGGAUGAGGCUGUGGAGGCGCGGUUCCCUGCUCAGGUGACUCAGAACGUGUACAGGGAUUUGCUGGAGAAGAGUACUCUGCAGAACAAUGGACGGGCUGGAUACCGGGUUUACCGAUUACUUCGACAGUGGGAGCAGCACUCGAAUCUUCAACCAAGCAAUCGCAACAAUAGACAAAAGACAUCGUCAUCCUCCUCAACAACUAACACGCCGGCAGUAACAACAACAACUCGACUGCGUCCACUCUCUGCAUUCUCUGCAACAUCCACCUCCGCCUCCGUCCGAGCACCAUCGCUCAGCAAUCUCUACUGCGGCGUCAUGGAGCAACUCGACAAAGAAGGCCGUCUCGAACUCGGGAACGAAAUGGCCACAGAUCUGAUCCUAUCCGGCGUCGAACUGGACCAGGAUCUCGUAGCACAGGCGGUGAGGUUGUAUGCGCGGUCAGGAGAGUUGGCAGCGGCGUUUGGGUUGUUUAUGAAGAUGGGACGGGCGUAUGGGGUUGAGCCGUCGAAGGAGAUGGUGUUGUCGUUGAUGGAUGCUGCUAGGGUGUAUCAGUUGAUUCCAUGGGAGGAGGAUAGUGGGAGAACGAGUGUGAGUGUGAGUGCGAGUGCGAAGUGGGAUGAUACUUCUGUUCAGCAGUGGACGAGGAUUUUGAAGGUGUCCAUGGCCCACUUUGGGCUACAAUGA